UAACUGAAUUUUUUUUAGAAAUGAGAUAGGAGCAAAAAAUACAGUAACCGAACAACGCAAAAUAAUUAAACUCCGAGAUCAAUUCGACUCUUCCGCCACCACCACACACCGGCAAGGGUUACUCAGGCGACCACCACUCCGCCGCGGGAAUGUUGGCGGCGAAACUCCCUCAGCCACCGCCCUCCGCCGCACUCACUCUCCGAAGCUCCCUCCUCACACUCGCCAUCAUAACACUCGUCUCCUUCACUUUUCUCUCCCUUAAAUCCCUCCACUCCCCUUCUCUCCAGUAUUCCCCCUCCACCAGCCCUACCCCCCUCACCGUACAUCCUUCGCUGCCCAAGGCUGUUGACGACGGCGACGUGGAUAAUGUCGAGAAAGUGGCCGCGUCGGAAAAUUAUGGAUACGACGACGUUUACCAUUUUCCGGAGGUUUUCAGGUUGAAUUACGAGAGGAUGCGGAGUAGAUUUAAGGUGUACGUUUACUCGGAUGGGGAUCCGAAUACCUAUUACCAGACUCCGCGGAAGCUGACCGGAAAAUACGCGAGCGAGGGUUACUUUUUUCAGAAUCUCAGGGAGAGUAAUUUCGUGACGGAUGAUCCAGAUCGGGCGGAUUUGUUCUUCAUUCCGAUCUCUUGUCAUAAGAUGCGAGGCAAGGGUAUAUCGUAUGAGAACAUGACUAAAAUUGUCCAGGACUAUGUGGAGAGCUUGAUAUCCAAGUAUCCCUAUUGGAAUAGAACUCUGGGAACAGAUCACUUCUUUGUUACUUGCCAUGAUGUUGGUGUUAGGGCAACUGAAGGACUUCCAAAUCUUGUAAAGAAUGCAAUUCGUGUUGUCUGCUCUCCCAGCUAUGAUGUUGGCUUUAUACCACACAAAGAUGUUGCACUCCCACAAGUUCUUCAGCCAUUUGCCCUUCCAGCUGGAGGAAAUGAUAUUGAAAAUAGGACGACACUCGGAUUCUGGGCAGGGCAUAGGAAUUCCAAGAUUAGGGUCAUAUUAGCGCAAGUAUGGGAAAAUGAUACGGAACUUGACAUUUCAAACAACAGAAUUAAUAGAGCAAUUGGACCUCUGGUGUAUCAAAAGAGGUUUUACAGAACAAAAUUCUGCAUUUGCCCCGGUGGCUCUCAGGUCAAUAGUGCUCGCAUAGCCGACUCUAUACAUUACGGAUGUAUACCCGUGAUACUCUCUAAUUACUACGACUUGCCUUUCAACGACAUAUUGGAUUGGCAUAAAUUCGCAGUAGUACUAAAAGAGAAAGAUGUCUAUCAACUGAAGCAAAUUCUGAAGAACAUAACUCAAGACGAAUUUGUCACAUUGCACAACAAUUUGGUCAAGGUCCAGAAGCACUUCCAGUGGAACACACCUCCCGUAAGCCACGAUGCGUUCCAUAUGAUAAUGUAUGAGCUAUGGCUUCGCCAUCAUAUGGUCAAGUACUAACUUGUAUAACUCUUAACACCGAAUCGAGACACGGCCAGGUAAUGCUGUCUGGAAAUACGAGAACUUGUACAUUACUACUUUGACAGUUUCAGUUUGUUCUUUCAUUCUUAUAUCUCCUUUUUUUUUUCCUGAAAUGUUGAAUCUUAGAAUAGAAGCCAGAAAAUCUGAUAAAUCUGUUUGUUUGUUUGUUGAGUUCUUUUUGUAUCUAUAGGAUUUAGGUUUAUAAUACAACUGCUAGAUUGAAUAUUUCUGCUACUAUAUGUUCUGUAUUUCUGCUACAUUUGACAAAACAAAGUAACUUGUUGGUAAG